GUUCCUUCUGGAUGAAAAUGGUUCCUUCGUGAUGGUCCAGGAAGGCUGGAGUCUUGCAGAACUCUUUCAAGUCCGUUGCAUCGUUGCUGCACCUUAUGUCGUUCCAUGCAGUGCACCUUCAUCAUUUGAGCGUCAGUUUAAAAAGGAACUUCCACUUUUGUAUAAAUAUCUACAAGAAUCUCCUUCGAAGAAGGUUUAUUGGAAAGAUGUGAUUCACUGGAUGUGGCCACUUUUCACCGAGUAUUGGAGAAAUGAAGAAACUAUUUUGGAGAACUUGAAGAAAUUGUAUAAGUUAUUGCUGAUAAAGGUGGUGGGCAGAAGAGGGCUAGAUGACCCAAUUUGCUGCUUGCGGCUGCAAAUGGGAUUGGUUUAG